AUGACUUCAAAUAUUCCGAUCGAUUUGAACAAAACUCCUUAUGAAGUAGAAGAUGCAGUCCCAAGAUCUUCGCAAAACAUUAUAAUCGAGCUCAAUGUUGACGAAAGUCCAGAAAUUGGAUACCCUCUUAUCGAGCUCGACUUAAAUCAGUUUUUCGAUGAUGAUGACGAAGCGAGGUCCGAUUCAUCUGGGGAAGAGAUAAUUGGCCAGCAAGCUGGAGGCAAUAGUGACGGGGGAAAUAGUGAAGCCGGGGAAACUAGCCAAGGCAAUGUUCAAAGGAGAAAGAAUAGGACCCUAACUGACGAUGAACGGUGGGCAGUUUACCAUGCUUUGUUGGAGAAAAGUGUAAAUGGCUCAGAUGUGGAAGUUUCGUCGAAAAAAGUGCGGAAUUGUGGCCGUAAAAGAAUUGAGGUAGAUUUAAGUAGGAUUCAACAGAUAGAGUGGCAUCAACGAACAACGCUUACAUCUCUUUCUAAUGCUUUGGGAGUUAGUUACUUCAAACUGUAUACACUUUUUAAGCGAGGCGUUCUACGUCGUCACUCAAGUGCCAUCAAACCACAUUUGAAAGACGAAAAUAAAAUAUCGCGGCUAGAAUUUUGUUUAUCGAUGCUUGAUGAAAGCACGAAGUCGAACGAGCCAAAGUUCAAGGAAAUGUAUCACUAUGUGCAUAUCGACGAGAAAUGGUUUUACUUGACAAAGAAGGAGCAAACGUAUUACCUACUCGACAGUGAAGAAGAUCCUCAUCGUUCAUGCCAAAGUAAAAAUAACAUUGCGAAAGUUAUGUUUCUAGCCGUCACGGCUCGUCCGAGAUUUGAUGGUGGAGGAAGGGUGGUAUUUUCGGGCAAAAUUGGAUGUUGGGCAUUUGUGACCGAACAACCAGCCCAGAGAAAUAGCAGGAACAGACAAGCUGGCACAAUGGAGAUGAAGGCGAUCACAUCUGUUAAAAGCGUUUUUGAUUGA